UAUCACAAAGUUGCAUAGUGCUGUCAUGAUUUAUCAUAAUUCAAGAAAGACUAGACAUCUGAUUGCAAAGAUGGAAUUGACCAAACAAGUUUCACUGUUGUUGAUGCUGCUACUACAGCUACGCCAUGUCAGUGCAUCCACUUGUCAUUGCACAUUCAAUGCAAAGACCCCAGUACGGACGGAAACCAACACAAAAGCACAUAUUGUACAGUAUGUUGGGAGUGGUACAUGCUUCAAUGGAAACAUCAACAAUGACUGGUUUAUUGUCUCUGGACAUCAGGAUAUGAACAUUCAAGAAGACCAUCUGUUGGCAUAUGAUAACUGCAUACUGCUUGAUGCCCGUGAAUGGUUGGCUGAAAUACCAGCUCUCAGAACUGGCAGUUUCCUUGGAUACGAUGGUUGGAUGCCUUGCCUCGUGGAUGGACAGAUUCAUGCUUGCUUCGCUGCCUCCUUUGAAGCUUGUUUGAAGAAUUCUUCCUUUGACGGUUGUCCACCCGUGAAGAUUCCGGAUAAACGAUUUCUGCUUGACACUGUUGUCUCCACAACAUCGGCUCCACAUCGUAUAUCAACGGCUCCACAUCCUAUCCAUUGCACAGUGUGUAAGGUCAACCCACAGCUGUGCUUUGUCCUCACCAAGGUAGAGAUGUGUCCCGACUCCUACUGUAUCAAUGAAGUCACAAACAAAGAAGACGGCUCCAAAUGGGUUGACAGAAGGUGUGGAACAUUCGACGAGUGUGAACACGACUGGUGGCACAGCACAAGUGAUGAUACAGACUGUCAGGACUACAAACCAGACCAGAACACGAUGAAGGACAUCCACUGUACCUACUGUUGCACCACGGAAAACUGUAACCGGGACAUCAAGCCCGCUCAAGACACCCUGUACGUGCGUGAAGACUCUACAUCGACUAGUCCACCCAACAGUCCAACAGCACAAACAACCACUCGUUUGACAGGUCAAACAACAGUGACUGCUGACCCAAAUGUCCACACAUCAAUCACAACUUCAGCCUGGUCUACGUGGUUCAAUGGCCAGUGUUCUGUGACAUGUGGGAACGGGUCUCUUACACGUAUACGUCACUGCUCCACGGGACACGCCGAGGAUUGUGUGGGUAACAGCAAAGAAGUGAUUGACUGUCAGAAAACUCCUUGCAGAGUGGACGGUGUCUGGUCCUCUUGGUCGCCAUGGUCACAGUGUGACGUAACAUGCGAAGACGGUCACAUAUAUCGAACAAAGACGUGUACAAAUCCAUCUCCCGCCUUCGGAGGUUUGAACUGUUCUGGUGCGAGUCUUGAAACCAGCACGUGCAAGCUUGCACAAUGUCCAACAAGUUCCACUGCUGUUGCUGAUGCUACUACAGCUGCGCCUUGCAAAUGCAGCCACUUGUCAGUGCACUUUCACUGCCAACACCCCAGUACGGACGGAAACCAACUCAAAGUCACAUGUUGUGCAGUAUCUUGGGAAUGCCACAUGCUUCCAUGGAAACAUAACAAAUGACUGGUUUAUGGUCUCGGGUCAACCGGAUAUGUAUAUUCAUGAGGACCAGCUUAUGCCAUAUGAUAACUGCAUACUGCUGGAUGCCAGUGAAUGGUUAGCUGAAAUACCAGGUCUUAGAACUGUCAAUUCCUUUGACUCCAAUGUUUGGAUGCCUUGCCUCGUGGAUGGACACACCAUGGCUUGCUUUGCUGACUCCUUUGAAACUUGUGUGAGGCAUUCUUCCUUGGAUGGCUGUCCCCCAGUGACGAUUGAGGAGAAAAGAUUUCUUCUAGACCACACAAACAUGUGUGACUUUGAAGCAGACAGCCUAUGCUCAUAGCAGAAUGUUCAGCAAGGUGACGACUUUGACUGGAUUCGUUACCGGUCAUCAACGCCAACAGAUGACACCGGUCCGGAUUUUGACCAUACCCUCAAAAAUGAUAAAGCUAGUUUUGGAGGCAACAGUAGGGAUUGGGUACGAGGGUGACAUCGCAGUUGACGACUUUAACUUGACGGAAGGCAUCUGUUCAACACUGACCGUCAAAGCUUCCAGAACAAAUUUAGCAAGCGCAAAUGAAACAUCAACAAGCCCGUCCUACCCGCCAGUCCCAGCUGAUCUUGUUCUGCAGUACUUCUGUGAGAAUAUCAAUAAUGUCAACUGCAGCCGGUACGCGUAUGAUGUGCCAUGCGGAACUGACGGACGCUUCUACCCCAAUAUAUGCAUACUCACUAAAGAGAAAUGUUCCAAUCCUCACUUGGCAAUCCACACAGAUUACAAACAUUGCAGUGUUGUCCCAGGAUGGACCACCGUUUCUUCCUUUGGGACCACACCAGUCACGAGCAAUCUUGGAUCAGAGCCGCCCAUAUUUCAGCUGUUCUGUGAAAACAAGGACCACAUCGUCUGCAAUCAGUUCGAUGUCGUCUGCGCAACUGAUGGCCACUUCUAUCCGAACAGAUGUGAACAGUUGAAAGCAACCUGCACCAAUCCUGCAUUGACGGUGUCUUCCAAAGUUUCACAUUGCUCAGUGAACUCGGUGAAUGGUAUCUGGGGAGCUUGGAGUGACUGGUCCUUAUGUCAUUGUAACGCUACACAAACUCGGUCCAGAUUAUGU